AUGGGAAUGUCGGCGACAAUGGGCGAUUCGGGCAGUAUUCCCGGCGUCUUCUUCGCAGAUUUCGGCCCGGCCCCGCCCGAAAUCACUCCAGACGGAUUUCACGAGGUGAUCUACCGGUAGGGACCAUUGUUGACUGAAAUUGUUACAGGUGGAACUGAACAAAACGAAAUGGGUUCUCCCGCAGUGGUAUUCCAAUCUGAGACCUUUGGGAGAAGGAGCGUAUGGAGUUGUAUGGUAGGAAAGUGAACGUUUGGAUUGGGGGAUAAAACGUGUUUUUGCAGCACUGCGGAAUAUGAGCCAACCGGAGAUCGCGUGGCUAUCAAAAAGUUCUUCCGACCUUUUCAGAGUACGAUUCAUGCGAAGAGAACUUAUCGGUAUGGAAUGGAAGGAAUUCAGGUGAAAAGGAGUGGAAGAAAGUGUUUUAGGGAACUAAAAUUGCUGCGAACACUUCAACACGACAACGUUCUCGAAAUGAUCGACGUGUUCACACCGGACAUCGACGCGUCUUCGCUAAAUAAUGUGUGAGUUUGAAGACGAGAAAAUGGGCGAAAAUGAGAGAUUAUCCGUUGAAUCGGCAAGAAGAUUUGGCGAAAACAGCCGUGAAAACCCUUACCUUAAGUCCUUACGACUUCUCCUGAUUUGCAGAUACUUCGUAUCGGUGCUCAUGGGCUCCGACCUUCAGAACAUUCUGAAAAUCCAAAGAUUGACCGACGAGCAAAUCCAAUUGCUAAUCUAUCAAGUGCUCCGCGGCCUCAAGGUCUGUUUCUGCUUCCUUGCGUGUCCCAAACCUGCUGUUCCGUGCUCGUUCUCUUGUGCUGCCUGCUCUUUUCUCUCACUCGAAUUCCAAUCGAUCUUCCUCCUCCUUCGCCGUGGUUUUUUUGCCACUAAAAGUGCCGGGGUCCCUCAGAACCACUUCUCUGUUUCUCUUCUCUUCUCGUCCCCACUUCCUAAUUAAAAUUUCCUUCUCUUCCUCUCCUUUCCUUCUCUUCCUGUUAGAUGAUUUUUCGAUUAGGAACGAGCCGAGCGGCCUGAGAAUUCCCACUUUCGGUUCUUCAAUACUAUCAAUUAUUCCGCUUCGCCGUCCCUUGCACUUUUUUAAAUUCGAGCGAAAACAUCCACGGCUUUCCCUGCUCUCUUUUCCAAAAAUGGGAAUUGACUCAGUGACGGGGACGUCGUGGAAGUGACAAUUAUCUUCACCUGCGGAUGACAAACGCGCUAUCCGUUUUCUCUACAUUUCUCGAUUCGUCUUGCAGCUUUCAGAGGACAAAUGAUGCGAACUGGACUUUUCACUCAGCUAGGGUACAUUUUCGGCGAAUGCGUGGCCAAGAAGUCUGAGCUUUCCUGAAAAAUGAACGCUUUCCUACUCUUAUCCAGAUCAAAUAAUCGGAUGUUUCUGAAACUCUAAUUAAAGCUACGUUUUACCAAGAAUCAUUGGAAUAGGAUGGUAAAAACUAUGCGUUGAUAGGUUGACAGAACGUCCUAGGCUCAAUCCUAUGAAUUCGUAGUGUAGACUACAGAGCAUGUGAAAUGUUUAUGGAGACGUACCAACUUCUAUUGUCCUCAUCUGUUAUUUCUCUAUUUCUCUCUUUCUCUUUAUCUCUCUUCAACUUGUUUUCUCUUGCUAUCUGUGUUUCAGUCUCUGUACACAGUGCCUCGUUUACUCGGUACGCCGGUCCCCGGUAGGUACCCCUUUUCAAAUGACGUGUUUUCUCUCCUUCAGUCUUUUCACUUUUUCAUGAUAAAGGCUGUCGACAAACGGUGUAUUAUUUGCCGACGUCUCUCUUUCCCUCUUCCUCUCCCUUUCCCCUUUGUUCUUUGUCUAAUUCUCUGUAUUGGGUGAGUGUCGCACGUGUCUUCUUUUUCUUUCUUUUUCCCACUUUUCCUCUUCUUUCAGUAUAUUCACUCUGCCGGGAUUAUCCACCGCGAUUUGAAGCCGUCCAACAUUGCCGUCAACGAGAGAUGCGAAGUCAAAGUGACAUCGUUUUGGCCCCACUUCCCUUCAUUUUCUUUUCUAGAUUCUCGACUUUGGACUGGCUCGAGCCCAAGACGCCGAAAUGACCGGAUACGUGGCAACGAGAUGGUACCGGGCGCCGGAAAUCAUGCUCAAUUGGAUGCAUUAUACGCAGACGGGUCAGUGAAAGAAAGGAAGAUUAUACUGUUGACUCUUUAAAGUUGUCAAAUUGACGCUGUGUUCUCCCCCUGCCUGCUAUACAAUUCCUUUCUUUUCAGUCGAUGUGUGGUCCGUCGGUUGCAUUCUCGCCGAGCUCGUCUCCGGCAGACCGCUGUUUCCAGGCGACGAUCGUGAGUUUUCCCUCCCCCUCCGCUCGCAACAUUUCUUCCUCAGACAUCGACCAACUCACCAAGAUAAUGUCCGUGGUCGGCACUCCGAAAGAGGACUUUUGGUCGAAGAUCCAAUCUGAAGAGGCCCGUAACUACAUCAAGUACCGUUUCCACUUUUCCUCAACUCAAUUUCCUUCUCUUUUCAGAAAUCGUGCUCCAAUGGCUCGUCAGGACUUUGGGGCCCUGUUUCCGAUGGCUUCCCCGUAUGCAAUUGAAAUGCUCGAAGUGAUGCUCGUGCUGGAUCCGGACAAGAGAAUCUCCGUUUCGAGUGCUCUCCGUCAUGACUAUCUCCGCGAAUAUUCCGUUCCGAAUGACGAGCCCGUUGCUGUAGACACGGUAAAAAAUAGCAUAGUAGGGAAAAUGGCCCGAGGUUCGGCAAAAGAGUGACGUCUUUCCAGGUGACAAUCGACCCGGCGGAAGAGCGCGCGAGCACACUUUCCGACUGGCGGGAGCUAAUUUGGAACGAGAUCCGACUGUUCCAGAACUCGGCCCGUCGGCUCAGUUUCGUUAGUUGCAAUGACACAGAAGAAGAACCGCCAAAGUUAUAA